AUGUCGAGUUUUAAUGGUAAUAUGAAGUUUACCAAUUCCAGUCGGGGUUUGGACGAGGCAAAGGAAGGAAACGAAGAAAAAUAUAACUAUCAAGCACCGCUGUCUAGAGAAGCUUUAUCGAGAUGGGAUCCCGAUAAUGCGGUGCGGUACAUCCAAGCAACCUCAUAGAAUAAUGAUCCAAAAGGAAAGGUCUGGAACAGAGUAG